AUGAGCAUUCAACUCCUUCAUUGGAUACUAUUUGUAUCAUGUAUACUACCAAUAUUAGCUCUGGAUGGUGUUAAGUUGACCGAGCUUGCUUUCGAGUCAUAUAAGACACAAGCGGAAGAUGGGUUCAUUAUUAAUAUCGAGAAUAGCGAUUUAACGCUCUUGGACGGUCCUCGAUACUUUUACACUUUGCUUACAUUCACAUCCACGAAUCCUCUGCAUGAAUGUAAAACUUGUCAAGAAUUGCAGCCUGUAAUUGCUCAAGUUUCCAAAUCGUGGUUUGCUGAUUAUUCGGAAUCUCAUUUUCUCAGUUUUGUUCAAAUUGACUUAAACGAUGCUUCGAAUCAUAAACUUUUUAGAGACUUGGAUAUGUUUACCGUGCCGCAUUUAUGGUUGAUACCUCCAAGCAUGGACGAUGUGCCUUUUGAUUUACAAAAUACACCAUUUCUGGAAUUUCAGAUCCCCAAGAGCUCUCAAAAUCAACAAGUUAUGGCAUUAGCACAAUUCUUGGGUGAACAUUUGCAAAAAAUCAUUUCAGUUCGAGGAGAAGACGCUACGGGCAAGUUUAUAAAAACUUUUAUUAUCACGUUUUCAGCAAUAAUAUUUAUCAAGAAAAAGGGGCCAACGUUUGUUACAUCGACCAAGAAACUGUCGGUUAUUUGCUAUUUAUCAAUUGCGUUUAUCUUGUUAUGUGUGGGGGGUUACCAAUAUGCUGUACAAAAUAGAGUGCCUUUUUUGAUUAAGGGAGAUAAUGGCGAGUUAAUUCUAAUUAGCGGUGGUACACAUUACCAAUUUGCAGUAGAAACUUUGCUCGUUGACUUGAAUUAUGCUGCAUUGGCUAGUAUUACUCUUUUGUUGAUCAAAUUGGGCAACUAUCAAAUUAAUGAGUCAAGUUUAAUCAAGAGCGAAAACUUACGAACAUGUCAGAAGGAUGUAAAGAAAAGAAAGGAGAAUGAAAAAGGAGAUGAAAGGGGAAACGGAAUAAAGAAUGGAAAAGAAGGUGUAAAAAAAGAUGGAGCGGUUGAGGUUAAAGGUUGUGUAAAAGCAACGAAGGAGGAAGAGAAGAAGGUGAAGUUGACAGCGGCUGGUGCUGGUGCUGGUGCUGGUGCUGGUGCUGGGACUGGUACUGGUGUUGGUGCUGUGGCUGGUGCUGUGGCUGAAACUACAACGGCGGUAUCCAAAAAUGAUGCUCAUUGUGCAAAAUACAACUUUGAUAAAACAAAAUGGGUUCAGAGCCUUUCUCAAGAAGAGAAACGGUUACUACAGUUGGAGAUUGAUGAGUUGCACAUAACAUGGCUAGCACUUUUAUACCGCGAAUUAACCAAACCAUAUUUUUUAAAUUUAAAACGGUUUCUUCAACAACAACAACUUGAAAACAAAACGAUAUUUCCCAAGAGUAAAGAUAUUUAUUCAUGGUCUAAAUUAACGCCUGUGGAUAAUAUCAAAUGUUUGAUAUUGGGUCAAGAUCCGUACCAUAACUAUAAUCAAGCACACGGGCUAGCAUUUUCCGUUUUGGAGCCUAGUAAACCCCCACCUUCGCUAAUAAACAUUUACAAAACAUUAGCUAUAGAUUAUCCCGAUUUUGUAACACCAAAAAGUGGAGAUUUGACCAAAUGGGCCAAGGAGGAAGGGGUAUUGAUGUUGAAUGCAGUAUUAACAGUUGAAGCCCAUAAAGCCAACAGUCAUGCAGAAAGGGGAUGGGAACAGUUUACAGAAGAGGUGAUUAAACAAGCAAUAGAGUAUCAUGUGAAAAAUGGGGAAAAGGGAUUCGUUAUAAUGGCGUGGGGAACACCUGCUCAAAGAAGAAUUGAAAAAUUUAAUAGAUUUUUAAAUGAACAUAAGGAUAAAUUUUUGGUUUUGAAAACUGUUCACCCAUCACCAUUAUCUGCACAUCGUGGAUUCUUUAGGCUGCAAGUAUUUAAAAAUUGUAAUACCUGGUUAGAGAGGAAUAAUGGAGAAAAAAUUGAUUGGAGCUUGGUGGAUGAAUAA